UUCCAAUUUAUGAGACAUUCCCAAACUUCAAGCUAAUUUAUAAAAAGGAGAGUUUGCUUAUUAUGCUUUUCAAACAAAACCAUAGAAAUGGAAAUUGAGGAAGUGGGCAUCUAUCAUGAGCCAUUGCCCCUUUUGUCCUUAAAUCAUAUUUCUUUGUUGUGCAGAUCUGUGUGGACAUCUAUGCGCUUUUACGAAGAAGUUUUGGGCUUUGUUCUUAUCAAACGCCCCUCUUCUUUCAAAUUCAAUGGAGCCUGGUUCUACAGUUAUGGCAGAAUACAUUUGAUUGAAAACCCAGCUAUCAAUGAAUUUGAUAUCAUUGUUGAACCUCGUCCAAUUAAUCCCAACAAUAAUCACAUUUCAUUACUGUGCAAAAAUAUUGGGCUUGUAAAGAGAAGGCUACAAGAAAGGGGAAUUAGGUAUGUGACUCAAGAGGUAGAAGAUGAUGGGAAUAGAGUGGAUCAAAUAUUCUUUCGUGACCCAGAUGGUUAUGUGAUUGAAAUCUGCAAUUGUGAAAAUAUCCCAAUUCUUCAACUUUCUUCUUGCUCUUUCAAUUUCAUCCCUACAAAUAUGGGAAGCUUCAAAAAAACAACACCCAACAAAUGUGGCUUCAUGGAGAGUGUCAUGAUGUUGAGCUUCAGCAUGGACAUGAUUGACAUUUCAUUUUAAUGAGUUCUAAUUUCUGAAAAUGUCAAAUUUCCAAGUUUAAUGUAUUCUAUUGCAUAUUAAUUGGGUUACCUAUUAUAAUGUUGAAUGAUAAGAAAAUGCUAAAUAUUUAUUAAUAAAUUGAGAUUUUGUUGAGAUUAAA